AUGUAUGAAGGUUUUAUCGGCCUAACAGAACGAGUGGCAAUGCUAAAUUUAAUACUUCACGAAUUUAAGAUAUCCAUUAUACAGGUAUAUGCACCCACCGAAUCCGCAAAAGAAGAAGAAAUAGAGGAAUUUGAUAAAACUAUCGAAAAAGCUAUGGAAAUAACACAUAAGAACAUUAUACUAAUGGGCGACUUUAAUGCGAAGGUAGGGGCUCCUAAAGAAGGUGAAUACUUAAUAGUGCAUCAACAUGGGGACGGUGAAAGAAACGAUAGAGGACAGAGACUUGUCGACUACGCACUUGAACACAAUUUAACUAUCAUCAAUACAUGCUUCAAGAAAAACCGUAGCCGGAGAUGGACGUGGCGAUCCCCAAAUGGACAACACAAAAAUGAGAUCGACUAUAUACUAUCGAACCAACCAAAACUAUUCAAUAACUUUGAAGUCCUGAAUUUAAACUAUCCGUCAGACCACCGAUUAAUUAGAUCAACAUUAAAAAUAGCCAAACAAAAACAAAGUAAGACAGAGACAAAUGGGCAUCUUUGGGCAUCUUUGGAGGAGGCCUUCACCCAAUAA